AUCGAAGUAAGCUAGUUGCCCGGGAUUCCGGCUUUCGGUGAUUCAUUCACGCUUGACGCCUCUCUUCUAUUUUCAUUCGAAUCGGAUAACCCACUACCGGUAUACCCUUCUGAAGAAAAGAAGUCACAACAAAAAUGAGUGACAACAUCGACUUGGAAGCCCUGCCCAAGGGCGGAGGAAAAGAGAUUUCCCAGUUCUCUUGGAAGGGGCUCACUGUCACGGUUAAAGACUCAAAGACAAAGGAGGCGUUGGAUAUUUUGAAGGAUGUUGAAGGGUGCGCCCAGCCAGGCGACAUGGUUGCCCUCAUGGGCCCCAGUGGAUCCGGGAAGACCACCCUCCUAAAUGUCCUUGCAAGAAGACCCGUUGCAGCGAGUGCCUCCGUGAAGGGCCAAGUCCACCUCGACAAUGCUCCGCUCCAAGCAAAAGCUCUUCGGGAGAUUAGUACUUAUGUUGAGCAAGAAGAUGCGCUCAUCGGUAGCUUAACUGUCCAAGAAACCAUCGAAUUUGCCGCCCGCCUCUCGGGAGCCGAACGCCAUGCUGGCCGUGUAUCGGAGUUGAUCAGAGCAUUUGGAUUGGCGAAGCAAGCGCAUACAAAGAUCGGUACCCCCGUCGCCAAGGGUAUCUCCGGUGGGCAGAAGAGGAGGGUUAGUAUCGCUUCGCAGUUGAUCACUCGACCGAAGAUUUUGUUCUUGGAUGAGCCGACUAGUGGAUUAGACUCAAAGGCGGCAUACGAAGUCAUGUAUAGGAUUCAGCAGGUCGCUCGGGAUGAAAACAUGAUCGUCAUAGCCUCCAUCCAUCAACCGACUACCGCAACAUUCAACCUCUUCUCGCAACUGGUUCUCCUCUCCGCUGGCAAGCUAGUCUACUCCGGCCCGGUGGACCAGGUGGUCCCAUAUUUCUCCACUCAAGGCGUGCCCAUCCCACCACUGACCAACCCGGCAGAAUUCCUUCUAGACGUGUGCAACACAGAUUUCGACAACAGCGCUACAGAUGUUGGCGGGGAGGAAAGCCGGAUCGCAAGACUCAAUCGGCUAAUGGAGGCUUGGUCUCCUAAGAGCUCGGCUACAGAGAUUUCUUCCACUCCAUUCGCGGACUUUGAGGGGGCGUUGAUGUUGUUACAGAGGCUUUGGUUGAAGAGUUAUAGAGAUUUGCUGGCUUAUUGGAUUAGGGUUAUUAUGUACCUUGGCCUAGCAUUCAUGAUGGGCACAGUCUGGCUCCGUCUCGGGCGAGGACAGGAUAACAUCCAACCCUUCAUCAACGCAAUAUUCUUCUCCGGCGCAUUCAUGUCGUUCAUGGCGGUUGCAUACAUCCCGGCAUACCUCGAAGACCACGAGAGUUUCCGCAAGGAGCGGGCGAACGGGUUGUACGGUCCUACAGCGUUCCUGUUGUCGAAUUUUCUGAUUGGGAUUCCGUUUAUUUUCCUAAUAGCCGUCCUCUUUUCGCUCGUAACAGUCUUCCUCUGCAACUUCCGUCAAACACCCGAGCACUUCUUCCGCUACGUCAUGUGGCUAUUCCUCGACCUUCUCGCGGCCGAGUCCCUGGUUGUGCUAAUCUCUAGCCUCAUCCCCGUCUUCGUCGCUGCGCUCGCGAUAACCGCCUUCGCGAACGGCCUCUGGAUGUCCGUUGGCGGUUUCCUCGUCUCCCCGAAGGUGCUAAACGACUUUUGGUAUUACACCUUCUACUGGAUCGAUUAUCAGAGAUACGUUUUCCAAGGGAUGAUGUUUAAUGAGUUUGACGGGAGGGUGUAUAAUUGCGCGAAGGUUGGGGAUGAGUGUCAGUGCAUGUAUCCUAGUGGGUUAGCUGACCAGUGUAAUAUUGAGGGGCGGGGGGUGUUGACGGCGCUUGGGUAUGGGAAGAAGGAUAUUGGACUUUGGAUUGGAGUGUUGAUUGCUGUGACUUUUGGGAUGAGAGGGUUGGCGUGGAUUACUUUGAAGGUCAAGAGAAAUUGAUUGGUUGGUUUAGGGAUGGCCUCCUUGAAUUUCUUCCUUUGUCACCGUCUUGGAAUUUUUUUUCCCUUUUCUUUAUUGAACAGGAAAUAUUCUGCCGUAGUACAAUACAAGUACAAAUACGAGCAUACCUCUAUCUGCGACGUAGGCACUUAUGGCGGGCCUUAUCGGGAAUGAGAGUGCGAUCCAUUGUCGAAGUGUUUUCCAAGAGAUGCCAAACGCAGGCCUGCGUGAAACAAACAGGAGCCAUAUGGUAUAACGGUAGCGUCGCUACGAGCCAUGGUACUCAGAAUCAUGGCUCGAGCUUUCCCUUUUCUCAUCAUAGCUGUAGAGCGGGGAAUUGGAUUCGGAACAUUCGGGGAGGGAACGAGCGACAUGUGAUGUAGUUCUCAAGCCCAAACGUCGGAUAUAUAUACUCGACGUUUGUUUAUAAAG